AUGGUGGCAAACGUGCAGUGGUUAUUAAUUAUUGGAAUUUCUGCAUUACAAGUUUCUGUAUUACAAUCGCAAGAAGAAAAUUCAGUGAAAGAUGAUCGGGAAAAGAAGCCUCAGUCUGUGAGAGAUUUAUUCAAAACAGGAUCAUGUAUUCCUCCACCGUUUCGAUGCCCACACCCACAAAUGCAAUAUUAUCUGUAUACAAGAUCGACGCAAGAGAAAGGAGAAUUAAUAAAUACCCUCGACAAUGAUUCACUUAAACAUUCAAAAUUUAAUCCCAAGCAUGCGACUAAAAUAGUUGUUCAUGGGUUUGGUGGAGGAAGAAACUUGUCUCCAAGUACCGACAUGAGAGCUGCCUACUUUAAAAAAGGGAACUACAACAUUAUCAUCGUGGAUUAUGGAACGCUCGUGAAAGAGCCUUGCCUCAGCCAGAUGGAAUGGGCUCCUCGGUUCGCGAGCUUGUGCAUAGCGCAGCUGGUGGAAUAUCUUCAGUAUCAUCCAGUAAAAUCAGUUCCGCCUGAGAAGAUACACACUAUUGGAUAUAGUGUUGGUGCCCAUAUUCUUGGACUUGUCGCUAAUCAUUUAUCAGAAGGAAAACUUGGCAGAAUAACAGGUCUAGAUCCAACAAUAUUUUUCUACAUGGGUAACAACAGAUCUCGAGAUUUGGAUUAUACCGAUGCCCAUUUCGUUGAUAUUCUUCAUACUGGAGCUGGUAUCCUCGGACAGUGGGGGCCGAAUGGUCAUGCUGACUUUUACGUUAACGGUGGCUCGAGCCAGCCUGGAUGUGCACAUGACACUAUUUUUCAAACUCUUGCAUGCGAUCAUACAAAGGUAACUCCAUACUUCAUAGAGUCGAUUAAUAGUAAAGUUGGUUUCUGGGCGGGUCCGUGUCCAAAUCUGUUGUCUUACUUAAUCGGUUGGUGUGAACCGAAAGACACUGAAUAUGUUCUUAUGGGUGAACAUGUUACUCACGAAGCAAGAGGUGUAUACUAUGUUACAACUAACGCACACCCUCCAUACGCAAGAGGUUUUCCAGGAAAGUCCCGUAGGCUAAGAUCGGUCUCACCUUAUAGU